GUUGGUUGUGAUGCAGUGAUGGUUGAUGUGCGCCGUCAAAAGUCAGCGAUCUUCUGAGUCUGUACAUCCGUAACCGAACGGGAUCAUGAAAUAGCGGAAAGACUCCGCUCCUCCCUGUUUACUUCAAUCCCAGACACUGAUGAGCGUCCAGACUUGAUCCUGGAGGGCCGCUGUCCUGCAGAGUGUAGCUCCAUCCCUGGUUAAACACACCUGAGCCAGCUCAUCAAGGUUGCCUGCCAGGUCACCAUGCAGUUCCUGGGCCGUAUAUUGGACACGGUGAGCUCCGUGUCGACUUUGUUCUCCAACCCGUACCGUGUGAGGGAUGUGCAGCUGUCGGAUUAUAAUGGCAAAGUGCUACUGAAACAGGAGGGCAGGCUGGUCCUGUACAGGAACCAACAGAGCCAUUCGUGGGACUGCCUGCUUCUCUGCCCCGAGUCUUCAUCUGUGGCUCUGAGGAUGUUCCAGGUUGCUUCAGAGGAUGACGCCAUGAAUUGGUUCCCUCAGUAUGCCCUCAAACUCCGCCCAUUUUAUGAGAUGCUCCGCCCACCGCUGAAACCUGAAACGUUCCAGCCAAUCGUAGACUGUGUGCGGAAUCACCCCGACUGGAGCUCGGCUCACGUCGCUGUGGAUACUGGACUGAGAGACUGUCUCAAACACAAUUACGUUUUGAGGUGA